AUGGAUUCCGAUGACGACUUCAUCUCCAACAUGUCGAGCGAGGACGAUGUCAUGCAGGACGACACCGAUAACGAUGACCUGUCCGCUGCGGACGAGGAGUUCGAUGUUUUUGAUGACGAACCCGAUGACAACCCCGCAGUCACCUCGAUGAAGUCUGACAAGAAGAAGGGCGUGUCGUUUGAUGUCAGUUUCAGGGUGUACAGGCCUAUCGACGUCCAAAACCAGCAAGACGAGAUGAUUGACGAGGUCAACAUGAUCCUAGAGAUGAAGAAGGAAGAUGCUGCCAUCAUGCUACGCCACUUUCGGUGGAAUAAGGAACGACUGAUCGAGGACUACAUGGACAACCCAACCAAGGUCCUCGAAGCGGCGGGCUUGGGACCUAGCUCCUCGAGACCACCCGAGUUGGAAGUGAUACCCGGCUUCAUGUGCGACAUAUGCUGCGAGGAUGAGGACGGCCUGCUCAGCUUCGCCAUGAAGUGUGGGCACCGAUAUUGCGCUGAUUGCUACAGGCGAUACCUGACCCAGAAGAUCCGCGAGGAGGGCGAAGCUGCCCGUAUUCAAUGCCCAACAGACGGAUGCCAACGCAUUAUGGAUUCUCGGUCGCUCGAUAUACUCUUGACCUCGGACCUGAAUGAACGAUACCGAGAACUGCUCAACCGUACAUUCGUUGAGGACAAGGAUAUUCUGAAGUGGUGUCCGGCCCCCGACUGUGAGAAUGCCGUCGAGUGCGGCAUCAAGAAGAAGGACCUAGACAAAGUCGUCCCCACCGUUGACUGCGCCUGUGGCCAUCGCUUUUGCUUUGGUUGUUCGCUUAACGAUCAUCAGCCUGCGCCAUGUGAACUUGUCAAGAAGUGGCUCAAGAAGUGCGCCGACGACAGCGAAACAGCGAACUGGAUAUCGGCAAAUACGAAGGAGUGUCCAAAGUGCAACUCGACCAUCGAGAAGAACGGUGGUUGCAACCACAUGACGUGCCGCAAGUGCAAGCACGAGUUCUGCUGGAUGUGCAUGGGCCUGUGGUCGGAGCACGGCACCGCCUGGUAUAACUGCAACCGGUUCGAGGAGAAGAGUGGAAGCGAAGCGCGGGAUGCCCAAGCUAAGUCCCGGGUUUCCCUGGAGCGCUACCUUCACUACUACAACCGCUAUGCGAACCACGAGCAGUCGGCCCGCCUGGAUAAGGACAUGUAUCAGAAGACAGAGAAGAAGAUGGUGCAGCUGCAGACCGCAUCUGGCAUGUCCUGGAUCGAGGUGCAAUACCUUAACAUGGCCUCGCAGGCACUGCAAACUUGCAGACAGACGCUCAAGUGGACCUAUGCGUUUGCCUUCUACCUUGCUCGGAACAAUCUCACGGAGAUCUUCGAGGACAACCAGAAGGACCUCGAAAUGGCCGUCGAGGCUCUGUCCGAGAUGUUCGAGAAGCCCAUUACGGAACUGGCCGACGCCAAGCUUAAGGUGGACAUGAUGGACAAAACGGCCUACUGCAAGAAGCGUCGGGUCAUCCUCCUUGAUGAUACAGCCGACAAUCUGGCAAAUGGGAGAUGGACAUUCAGUAUAGACCUGAAGGGUCUUACUGCUGGAGCUGGCAGCACGGGUCCCCGACGAUAG